GAUGAGGUGGAAAACAGCAAAGGCAAAGGCAGGGUCCUGGUGCUGGGGGCUUUGGGAAUGUGUGGUCCGGGGUUUUUGGGGUGUCCCCCUGUCCUAAAUCCGCAUUGUCCAGUGAGGGAUGCACUGCCUUGGUCUGUGCCACCUUUCAGCCCCUUGCAAGGUGAAUGAUGCUGGAUUGGGGGCAGGGUGGGGGCAGAGCCAGGAAAGCUGUAGCAGUUGCAGGGCAUCCAAGGAGCACAAGGAAAAUGGGUUUGGGUUUGGAUUGCUGCAUCCUGACCCCAGCCAGGCUGGGCAGGGUCCUGGCAGCACCUGGGAGGGGUGGAAAUGCUCUGGCUUUAAACUGGAGAGUCAUAAAUUUUACUGGGGCUGGAGCAAUGCCCGCUCAUACCUUGGAUAUCCUGAGGGCUUCUUCAUUCCUGGCUGGGGAGUGGGAGAUGGAGAGAGGAUGCUGUGGGGUGAGCAGGGGGUUGGUGUGAGCCCCAGAGCUCAGCCUUGGCUGUGGAGUCAGGAUCAUGGAGCUGGACACAUGGAAUUCCCUGGGGACAGGUUCAAGAGGCUUAAAUUGGAGAGAUGGGAUGGGGAAGCAAAAGGCCUCUUGAUCACAGCCCUGCCAGUGCUGAGGGAGGGGGAUGGCCCUGGGCAGCUGUGCUGUGCCAUGCUGUGCUGCUCCAUGCCAUGCCAAGCCGUGCCACAGCGUGGGCUCGCUGGGGAACAGUCAGCUGAGACCUGUGUUCCUCCUCCUCCCUCGGAGGAGAGGGGCUGUGGGCAGCCCCCCCUGCUCCACAGCCGCUCCCGACCCCUCUCCCCCGGCCCGUGCCCACCUCGGUGCCUCCAUCCGCGGGCUCUCCUCCCGGGAAACCUUUCCUCCCGGGAAGGAGGCCCGGGCGAGCUCCGCGGCCGGAGCGUUCCGCCUGCGGGUGACAAUCGUGCUUUUGUUUUGCCUGGCUGCGAGAGGAGCAGGCGGGAAUUUGGCUGCCCGGAAAGCUGCCGGGAACCCUUUCUGCCACAAUUAAGCACCUGCUACAAGAGAGCAAAUAAGCCAAAUCAUGCGGCUGGCAAACAAGCUGUACGUGUUCCUUCCCCGUGACCCACUCCAAGCGGCAGAAAGCUCCAGGCUCUGAGGCUCGGCUGCUCGCAGCUCUCGGGGCAGCGACUCCGCAGCUCCCGGGGCAGCGACUCCGGAGCUCCCGGGGCAGCGGUUCCGCAGCUCCCGGGGCAGCGAUUCCGCAGCUCCCGGGGCACCGACUCCAGAGCUCCCGGGGCAGCGACUCCGCAGCUCCCGGGGCAGCGAUUCCGGAGCUCCCGGGGCAGCGAUUCCGCAGCUCCCGGGGCACCGACUCCGGAGCUCCCGGGGCAGCGGUUCCGCAGCUCCCGGGGCAGCGAUUCCGCAGCUCCGCCGCCGCCUCCCGCUCCCGGCGCGGGCAGAGAGGAGCUGCCUCUCGCCGGCUCAGAAGCCAAAAGAGCUUUCCCCUCCCCAAAUUAGCGGCUCCAUCUCCUUCUGCUAUGGAGAGACAGAUCCCCGUGCUGCGAGUCCGGUCCCAAUUAAUGGAUUCUGACAUGGAUUAUGAGAGGCCAAACGUAGAAACCAUCAAGUGCGUCGUGGUCGGGGACAACGCGGUGGGCAAGACCCGGCUCAUCUGUGCCCGUGCCUGCAACGCCACCUUGACCCAGUACCAGCUGCUGGCCACCCACGUGCCCACGGUGUGGGCCAUCGACCAGUACCGCGUCUGCCAGGAGGUGCUGGAGCGCUCCCGGGAUGUGGUAGACGAUGUCAGCGUGUCCUUGCGCCUCUGGGACACCUUUGGUGACCACCACAAGGACAGGCGCUUUGCCUACGGCAGGUCCGACGUCGUGGUUUUGUGCUUCUCCAUCGCCAACCCCAACUCCCUGCACCAUGUGAAGACCAUGUGGUACCCGGAGAUCAAGCACUUCUGCCCCCGCGCCCCCGUCAUCCUGGUGGGCUGCCAGCUCGACCUGCGCUACGCCGACCUGGAGGCCGUCAACCGCGCCCGGCGACCCUUGGCCAGGCCAAUUAAGCCUAAUGAGAUCCUUCCCCCGGAGAAGGGCAGGGAGGUCGCCAAGGAGCUGGGGAUCCCUUAUUACGAGACGAGCGUGGUGGCCCAGUUUGGCGUCAAGGACGUCUUUGACAAUGCCAUCCGCGCCGCCCUCAUCUCCCGCCGCCACCUGCAGUUCUGGAAGUCCCACCUGCGCAACGUGCAGCGGCCCCUGCUCCAAGCCCCCUUCCUGCCCCCCAAGCCCCCUCCUCCCAUCAUCAUCGUCCCGGACCCCCCUUCCAACAACGAGGAGCGUCCAGCUCACCUUCUGGAGGACCCCCUGUGCGCGGACGUCAUCCUGGUGCUGCAAGAGAAGAUCAAAAUCUACGCACACAAGAUCUACCUCUCCACCUCCUCCUCCAAGUUUUACGACCUGUUCCUCAUGGACCUGAGCGAGGAGGACCAGCAGAGCACCGCGGGGCACGGCUUCGGGGUGGCCGUCACCGCGGCCGCCGAGCGGAUGCUGCACCAGGAGGAGAGGCACCACGGGCGGGAUUUCCUCCUGAGGGCCGCCAGCUUCGACAUCUGCGAGAGCGCCGAGGAGGCCGGACCCGGCCAGCGCAAACCGUGCCUUAGAGCCUCCACCAGUGACGGGAUCCUGCGGGGCGACCGCUACGAGAACGGCGAGCGCGGGCUGCGCCGGGGCCGGAACCUCUCCUCGUGGAGCAGGGCCUUCACCAGCAUCCAGGAGGAGAUGGCCGAGGACCCGCUGACCUACAAGUCCAAGCUGAUGGUGGUGGUGAAGAUGGACGCGUCCAUCCAGCCGGGUCCUUUCCGGGCCGUGCUGAAGUACCUGUACACGGGCGAGCUGGACGAGAACGAGCGGGACCUCAUGCACAUCGCUCACAUCGCCGAGCUGCUGGAGGUGUUCGACCUGCGCAUGAUGGUGGCCAACAUCCUCAACAACGAGGCGUUCAUGAACCAGGAGAUCACCAAAGCCUUCCACGUCCGGAGGACCAACCGGGUGAAGGAAUGCCUGGCCAAGGGGACUUUCUCGGAUGUCACCUUCGUGCUGGAUGACGGUGCUAUCAGUGCCCACAAGCCCCUGCUCAUCUCCAGCUGCGACUGGAUGGCCGCGAUGUUCGGCGGCCCCUUCGUGGAGAGCUCCACCAACGAGGUGGCACUUCCUCACACCAGCAAGAGCUGCAUGCGGGCGGUGCUGGAGUACCUAUACACGGGGCAGUUCAGCUCCAGCCCCGACCUGGACGACAUGAAGCUCAUCAUCCUGGCCAACCGCCUCUGCCUGCCGCACCUGGUGGCUCUCACAGAGCAGUACACGGUCACCGGCCUGAUGGAGGCGGCGCAGAUGAUGGUGGACAUCGACGGGGACGUGCUGGUGUUCCUGGAGCUGGCUCAGUUCCACUGCGCCUACCAGCUCGCCGACUGGUGCCUGCACCACAUCUGCACCAACUACAACAACGUCUGCCGCAAGUUCCCCCGGGACAUGAAGGCCAUGUCGGGAGAGAACCAGGAGUACUUCGAGAAGCACCGCUGGCCGCCGGUGUGGUACCUGAAGGAGGAGGAUCACUACCAGCGGGCGAAGAAGGAGCGGGAGAAGGAAGACUACCUCCACCUCAAACGGCAGCCCAAGAGGCGGUGGCUCUUCUGGAACGCCUCCUCCUCCCCUUCUUCCUCUCCUUCAUCGUCGGCAGCCACAGCCUCCUCUUCCUCCUCCUCCUCCUCCUCCUCGGCUGUGGUUUGAAAGCCCCGUCCUUGCCCUGGCCCCAGCGUCGCUGGGAGGAGACGGGGAGGAGGAGGAGGAGGAGGAAGGGUGGGAUGCCCUGCCCCAGCGCCGGGCACGGAGGGCACUGGCCCCGCAGCAGACGGGCUCAGCCCUGCUCUCCCCGCGGCAGGACUGGCAGAGCCCGAGCAGCAGGAGAAACUCACGUUUACAGGAGCACGAGGGCUGUGUUGUGGUUUCAUUUCACGUGGAAUUUUUGUUGGAAAUCAGUUUUGUUUUUCGGAACAUCAUCAGCGUGAGGAAGACGAACAUGAAGAAGAAACACAUCCAGCUUCCACUUUGAUUUGGAACCAGAAGCUCUGGGAUGUGGUUGGGGUGUCUGAUGGCAUCUCACCACCUGGAGCCACCGUGGGGGUCCUGCCACCCCCUUGGACUGACAGCAGGGUCAGCACAGGGCAGGGGACCCCGGUCCCCAAAUGCCUCCAGGCACUGCAGGAUUUCCUCUACAAGUGGGGUCUGUCCUAAUUCAGGGCACGGAGGGGACUGGAGUCCCCUCCUCCCUGUUCUUAACUCUUCAAUUUUGUUUAGACAGAAACUUAAAGCAAAAAAAAAACCCCAAACCCAAACCCACUCCCUCAAUCUGCCACACCAGAAACCAACCCCGAGCCCUCGGCUUGGGAUUUUAGCCUGGAAGGCUCCAUUGUAAUAAAUGGUAUUUUAAAAGCCCGGCGUGGUCCCUGUGUGUGUGGGAGGAGCAGCUGGACUGGCACGCCCUUGUGCCAGGCUCGGGGUGAUGCCAUCACCCCCUGCCAGCGCUCCUGGGACGGGCAGGGACAGCGAGGCCUGGCAGGACCCAAACCCUGGCACAACAUGAGGUGGCUUUUCCAUAGGACUAACUCUGCCUGUCCCACCUGUGUCCCUGCAGGGCUGCCAGGCUGGGCAGGAGGCACCCAGACCUCCUCACCCUUGGGAGGGAGAGCUCCUUGGAGCCCAUCCCUGCAGAGGCUGCUGCUGGAGGAGCCCCGGGGAUGCUCCCGGGGGUGACCCCUCACACCCCACACUGCUCCUCUUCCCAGCUGGCCUCUGGAGCACCCUGGAGCCUGCCCUUGUGCAUGCCUGCCCGCAGCCUCGGAGGCAGGAGCGAGGUGGCUCCUCACCCUGUUCUGUCCCGUGGCAGCCCCAGCCAGCAGGUAGGACCACGGCUUUCUGUCCUUCCCACACAACCCGGGCACUCGCCGCUGCUUCCGAGGCCUGUCUGCCUUGCCCAGGCCAGGACCCGAGCCCUGGCACUGAACCCUGCAUGUGCCUGGCUCUGCAGGAGCCCCUGGCAUGCUGAGGGGGCACAGGGGGAUGCCCGGGGGAGCCCCUGGGCACGAACCCCCCGGGCAGGUCACCAACAGCUCCUGCUUGUCACCCCAGCUCUUAGAAAUGCCCUCGGGGUGCAGGGGCAGGGGAGCAGUUUCUGGGGGCUGAGCAGAGCCCUCUCCUCACUGAGCACUGCAUGGAUUUGCAACACAGCUACUGCAACACACAGAGCCCUGGCUGGAGGAGCCGCAGCCCCCGGGCAGCGCCGCCGCUGCCCCCCGCUCCAGGCACGGCUGGCACCCCCUGCUCUGCACGGGGCUCUGUAGGGCCAGUAAGGCCAGGAUGGCUGCUGAGGGCUGUCCCUGGCACAAAGGACUCCUGGGGACCAUUCCUGGGGUGGCUGAGCAUUAAUUCCGUGGGCUGAGUCCUCAGUGCCACAUGGAGCAACUGGUGUCCACUGGGACCCUGGACCUUGGUGUCCCUUGAGACCCCAGAGAGGCCCUCACCAGAGUUCUGGGGGGAAAACAAAUCAAACCAGACGACAAAAUCAGGAGGAUUUUUUUUUUAAAGUUAAACCUUCAUAAACAGAGAAAUGUAACAAACUGGAAAAGUAAAACUGGCUGGGCCAGAGCUCUGUAAAAAACACACGACCAUGCAUAACAAAAUACCAAUAUUUUUAUAUUGCAUAUAUUAACUUAAAAGCUAUGUUUACAAUUGCUAAAUAAAUAAGUACAAAAUUA